UCGGCGUCGCCCUCCUCCCAUUGAGCGAGGCUGUGUCGCGUGGCCCGGCGUCGGCGUGACGGUUGGACGCGGGCGCGGCACUGCGGGUCCCGAUUGCUGCAGCCGCUUGUCAGUGUGAUGAAGAUUGGCACCCAGGUGCUGGGUGUUAGAUGGGAGGACUCAGCUCAUCUCCAUGUACCCACUGUACCCUGAUGGUGACCGAGUGAUUCCGGGAAGGGAUCUUGAGACUCGUCUGCAGCCUGAGAUGUCCUGCCUUGUUUCCCUCCCAAGCCACGGAGCUGUUCUUAGCUGUUGCUCGUCCCGGGACCCACGGCUCUGUUCUUCCAGGUGCUCAGACACCGUUCGAUUCUGACUCAAGAUGAUCUGAUGUCUGAAGUGGACCCUCACCAACCAUGAUGGCUACACAGACGCUAAGUAUAGACAGCUAUCAAGAUGGACAGCAAAUGCAGGUGGUCACAGAGUUAAAAACAGAGCAAGACCCCAACUGCUCUGACCCGGAUGCAGAAGGAGUGAGUCCUCCUCCCAUCGAGUCUCAGACCCCGAUGGAUGCCGACAAGCAGGCCAUUUAUAGGCACCCGCUGUUUCCAUUGCUAGCUUUGUUGUUUGAGAAAUGCGAGCAGUCCACGCAGGGCUCAGAAGGCACGACGUCUGCCAGCUUCGACGUGGACAUUGAGAACUUUGUCAGGAAGCAAGAAAAGGACGGAAAGCCCUUCUUCUGUGAAGAUCCGGAAACCGACAACUUAAUGGUGAAAGCCAUCCAGGUCCUGCGCAUUCAUCUUCUUGAACUGGAGAAGGUUAAUGAGCUCUGUAAAGAUUUCUGCAGUCGGUACAUUGCCUGUCUGAAGACAAAAAUGAACAGUGAGACCCUGUUGAGUGGGGAGCCCGGAAGUCCGUACUCCCCUGUGCAAUCCCAGCAGAUUCCGAGCGCUAUCACAGGCACUCUCAGCCCCCAGGGAAUCGUGGUGCCAGCAUCAGCCCUGCAACAGGGAAAUGUAACCAUGGCAACAGUGGCAGGUGGCACAGUAUACCAGCCCGUCACCGUCGUCACUCCACAAGGCCAAGUGGUCACGCAGGCCUUAUCUCCUGGGACAAUUAGGAUCCAGAACUCGCAGCUUCAGUUGCAGUUGAACCAAGACCUCAGCAUCUUGCACCAAGAGGACGGCUCCUCCAAGAACAAGAGGGGCGUCCUGCCGAAGCACGCCACCAAUGUGAUGCGGUCCUGGCUCUUUCAGCACAUAGGGCAUCCCUACCCGACAGAGGAUGAGAAAAAGCAGAUUGCUGCUCAGACAAAUUUGACACUGCUUCAAGUCAACAACUGGUUCAUCAAUGCCCGAAGGCGGAUUCUCCAGCCAAUGUUGGAUUCCAGCUGUUCAGAGACUCCAAAAACAAAGAAAAAACCUGCUCAGAACAGGCCAGUUCAGAGGUUUUGGCCAGAUUCUCUUGCAUCAGGAGUGGCACAAGCAACUCCCAGCGAGCUCGCCAUGUCUGAAGGUGCCGUUGUGACCAUCACCACACCUGUAAACAUGAAUGUGGACAGCCUCCAGUCUCUGUCCUCAGACGGGGCCACCCUGGCCGUACAGCAAGUCAUGAUGGCGGGGCAGAGUGAGGACGAGUCGGUGGAUAGCACAGAGGAUGAGGGCGGCGCGCUGGCGCCCACGCACAUCAGCGGGCUGGUGCUGGAGAACAGCGACUCCCUCCAGUAGGAAGGAAGCACCGAGCCGCCAGCGCAGAGCAGGGGCGCCAGGACUCUUACUGUUUGCACAGCAAACAUUUUACAGUUCUCUUUGUAACCUGUUUUAUAUGUAGAUAUAGAAGAGUGCACUUUUGUAUUUCACAGCAAGCUUCAAGACGUCUUUGCUGGUGCGGCAACUCCCUUCAGAUGCGCGUAUGGGUUUUUAAUGCUAGGAAGAAACGUGGCGAGUGGCCCCGCCCCUUAAGGAGUCCCUGACCAGAAUAAGGAACGGUGCUGCCAUUUUCUAAGAAAUUAUGCAGUUGCAAUUGAGUCGUGUGGUUUACAGCAGGUCUGCGGGCAGCUGCGGGGCCGCCCACAGGUCUGGCAGAUGACCUGCACGCGGGCUGCAGAGGGAGAGGACACUGGCCCCGCCCGGUGGGCAAUGGGUGCCCACCACACACUUCAGUUCUCUCCAGGGCAGCAUUUGCCUGUUUCAUUUGCUAUAUAGAAAAAAAGAAACUCCUAUUUUUACCUUGCUGGGAUUAUUGGAUAAAAAGCUAUUUUUAUAAAUCAGUUAUUAAUUGGAUUAUGACUAUAUUGCGGAUAAAUUUCUAGAGAAACAACAGCACAUGCUUGUCUUUCGAUUCGGAAUAUUCUGGAAGGCGGCUACCCAGGCAUGGUCUCCUGCUCCUCCCUCGGGGUCGGAGGGAGGAGGCUCACCUUAGCUGCUAAAAGGAAACACCUGUCAAGUGAGCUUUCGAUAUCUCCAGUUUCAUGUUCACACGUGAUGCACAGAUUGCAUUGUUACACUCGCUAGAGCAUCUUACAGAGCGUGCUCAGUAGGAUGCGCGGUAAGUGAGGCUCUUCCAGGCUUAGUCAGACUGCAGUUCCGUGGCUAGCUGGCCGUGUUAACUGGGUGGUAAUUUUAGACUUUUUUUCCUUUUAGUUAAAACCUGUUAUGCAUAGAAUGUUUAUUACAAACUAAUAUAAAGUGUGCUCUGCCCCACUGGCUCAGAGCUGGGGUAAACAGCAGACACCUGAACUGUCUUUCUUACUGGUACUGGCAGACACCUGGCAGGUGCCAUGGCAGCGGGCCCACUGGUGGCUCUCACUGUCACUCACCCUCCUGGGUCCUCCCCUCUGUUACCACUCUAGACUCAGGAUGGUUUGGAGACGUCAUUUCUGAGUGUCGAGACAGCGCAGACUGGAGGCUGAGGGCUGCAGAUUUGGUUUGUGUUGGUUGGGUUUACUUGGGAAGCUUUUUCUUAGGAAACAAGCGCCCUGCCCCAGCAUCUGCUCUCCCGUGUACCUAGGCCACGUGCUGAUAGGGAGAAGCCGUGCCCCUGGGGGGGGGGCGUGUCUUGGGCCCCAAGGGUGGUAACUGCAUAUGGGGACCUCUUUAGCUGCCUCACACUUCUCUGGAACAGUUCACUAUCCCCCCCCCCAAAUGUCUUGAUUCUUCUCUUCAGCCAUUGAGCACAUCUAGACAGCGAGAAAAAUGGGGGCUCCUUUAGAACCGCUUCCCGUGCCUCCACCACACAAACCAAAACAGCAAAAUAGACAAAACCGAAAAACUCGCCAGCAGCUCCUUUGAGGAGAGAAUAUUUUAAGCAGCCUUUCCGUUACCUAGUCUAACUGCUUUAAUAUUCUAAGUCAGGUAUACAAAAGCCUGCACGAUCAGCUGGCUGUCCUACUUGGUUUAAAGCAGCGGUCCAUCACCCCUGUGAGUCCUGCAGAGGCCUGCCACGCCCCGGCUGCUCUAGCUGGGAUUCAAACACCAUGAUCCAUCCUGUCCUUUCCGGUUGAAACCAUCUUUCCUAAGCACUGAACUCUCACCUGCUAAAUUAGAGGAGUAUCAUGAAGAUCCUAAGAGAACCGGGCCUGGUGACAGACACCCUCGAGCCUGAGGCAGGAGGCAAGCCUGGGCUAUUUAACUUGACCCUGUCUUAAAAAGAGAGAUUGUAAAAGAGCAGGCACAGGGUCAUAGCCUUCCACCUCCGGUGCACAGAGCUGCUCUUACAUGAUUACCGGGAGGCAAGCCUUGCUCAUUCACAGACUUCCUGCCCAGCAGAUCUGGUGUCAGCCAGUUGCACCUUCAAGACACCUGCUUGCUGGGCGUUGUAGCAUGUAUACAAGCACUUAGGAGGCUGAAGCAGGAGGAUGGCCGCCGAUUGAGUCGGCCUGUGGUGCCUAGUGAAACCCUGUCUCAAAAAAACCAAGCAAAACCCCUGCUUGUCUCUCCUUGGCCAGCGGAGAAAACCCGAAGGUACAUCUCCCAUGAGCCUUGUUUAAAUGGUCGGAUCCUAUCCUCCAUUUCUGCUAAAGUCCUCCCAAACAUUGGGACCUUUUGAAUGUGUUCUGAGACCUACAGUCAACCCGUGUCAUUCCUGCUGUUUGGCUGCCUAGCAGAAAUCGAGACCGUCUGACCCACCCAUCCGGUGGGCUCGGUUUUCUGCUUUCUCAAGUCCAGAUUGUCAAAUAGAAGUGUAUAUGCAAUAUGCACCGUGACCCUUCCCGCUAGGGCUGACGGGCCACCGUGUAGCCUGCUGUGUGGCCGGCGCACCUGUGGGGGCAGCGGGAGACUUGCUCCUCCCCCAAGGCUGGCAGGGAAACGCCCAUCCCAAAGGCCCCUCCCACAGGGCGUGGCUGGAACACAGCAGGCUGCCUUCUUCAGUUAAGUUCGGUCUUUGAAACUGACAAUCUUUAAAAUGUGAAUACUGUAACAAUAUGUUUUCCUGGAUUGGUGUCUUUAAAAGGAUUUUUGUGAAGCAAUUGAUUUAUCAAAGAAAAAAAUUAAAACCAGAAACACGCCUUGUG